GUAUUAAAACAGCUCGUUCACAUCGAAUUGCGCGUGUGCUAUGACAGGAAUGUCUGAGGACGUCAAAACAGCGAUUAAGGGAGAUUUGCGUUCAUCUGAAACAUGGAUUUAGCGAACGGGGCACAAAACAUUGUCAGAACAAUUUUAAAAUUGCCGGUAGUUACUAUUCUUAUGUAGCUAGGUCUACUCGCUUUGUUAAGCAUGACAUGGUGGUUUUAAAUCCAGGCGCAAGAGAAUGAAAAGGCUGCAGAGUCUCCCCUCCAUGGUGGAUGGUACAUUCCAUUCGCCGCUGCGCUCUCUCUCCGGAUAAGCGCUUGCCACAUCUUGCUGUAGAAAAAGGGACACACCGAAGCACUCUGACACCGCUUUUUCCAGUGUAGCGCUGUCUUUUCCGGGUAACAGAAAUCGACAGUGUUGUCCAAAAAAAUCAAGCAACGUGUGUGAAACUACCUUCCGCUUUGCUGGAUCGAAGAUGGGAGCGAUGUCUUUUGAAAUACCGCCAUGACACAUCGAUUCAGCGUCUGUCCUGAUGUUCCGUGGCCAGAGGCGAGAGACAAGAGAACGCGCUCGUCGACAUGCAAAGAGGAAGGGAGAGGCGUGAUUUCGUUUGCGAAGAAGACAAGAUAACCGCUGGCUGUUAAUUUUCCUCAAAGGCGUCACUGUCCUGCUUUGCCCGUUUUUUUCGGCAUAUUGUUGCGUGAAGGUUGCUUGCGUGAUGACUGUCAAAACAGCGUUUUGAUUUCAGCUUGCAAUAGCAAGAAGGCCUGCUCUCCACCUGCUGGCAAUCUGAGUGGAAGGAAUUACUUCAUCUCUCUGUCAUCUGCAGGAUUCAGCAAGUCUGCAUCAGUGACUCAUUUUUUUCUUUUUAAACUUUGUUUUGGGAUGUCAGUGUUUUGAACAUUCUUCUUAAUUACAUUCUUGGCCUAUUAUACAGUUUAUGCUGGACCACAAGCUCAAAGACUGCAUAAGACAGCAAAGUGUAAAGUUGGACCACCAAAUUCUCAAUUCCUUCAUAUCAACUCCUUUUGAACUUACCUUCGUCAUUGUUUAACCAGAGCUCAUCCUCAUCACCAUUCAGCAUCACUCCAAAGCUGAAGGAUGUCAAAGCAAAGUUAACGCUGGACAACAUAUUUCAUCAGCCCUCAUACCAACACCGAAUUGACUCAUCUUCAUCACUUCAUCGUCAUCAUCCUCUUUACUAAUUAAACUCAAGUGAACUCAUCAUCCUCACUCAGUCACUAGUUGGCUGCCACACUGGACUCAAAGCUGAAGCUGAAAGUUAAAGCCUAAUCAGCCCUCAUACAGACAUCUAUUUGAAUACAUCCUCAUCAUCUUUAAUUGUUUAUCAUUUUCCUCAAUUGAAAUCUCACCCUCUUCAUCAUCCUCACUCACUCGUUGGCCACCAUGCUGGACUCCAAGCAGAAGGAGGCGUGCCGCAUCUGCGCGCGGGAGCUGUGCGGCAACCACCGGCGCUGGAUCUUCCACCCGGCCGCCAAGCUGAGCCUGCAGACGCUGCUGUCGCACGCCGUGGGCCACGAGGUGACGCGCGGCGACCAGGACGGCCACCGCGGCAGCGGCGGCAGCGCCAGCGAGUUCGCCUGCGGCAAGUGCGCCUUCGUGCUGGAGCGCAUGUACCGCUUCGACACGGUCAUCGCCCGCGUGGAGGCGCUCUCCGUGGAGCGCAUGCAGAAGCUGCUGCAGGAGAAGGAGCGGCUGAGGCAGGGCGUGGGGGCCAUGUACUGGAAGCACAACUCCCGGCCGCCACACACCGCCAACGCUGAGCCCACCAACCAGGCCACUGAUGGGGUGAAGAUGGAAGCGUUGGGAGAUAGUGGUGGAGGUGGAGGUGGAGGUGGAGGGGGUACAUUGAUGGACAUCUCGACGCUGACUGAGAUGAGCUACGGAGCUCUGAUCCAGGAGGAUCUGGCCUACUCUGUGUUUGAGUCCUGGUCCAAACAGGAAGCAGGAACACUGGACUCACUCAGCUCCCAGCAUUCCCUGUUUACACAACAACACCAGCACGGCCACGGACACAGCCACGGACACGGCCAAUCACAGAACACCAGGAAGUGCAGAGGUUGCGUCGGGCUGCGCGUGGCCGACUCGGACUACGAGGCCGUGUGCAGGUUGCCACGCCGACUGCGCAGCACUUCCUGUGGGCCGCCCACUCGGAGCCCGGCAGGAACACUGGAAGAGGCGACACAGCCGCACCCGCAGCCUGCACCUGAGUCUCCUGCUCCGCCCACCAGAGAGGAGACAGGCGAGGCGGCAGGGGAGGAACUAGGUGAGGGGGAGGUGGAGGGGGAGGGGCAGGCCACUCCAAGGAGGAUGGCAACCCCGAGCCCUGCCUCAUCUGUGGAGUCGCUGGACACACUACCCCAUGACGCAGCACCGGGGACAACAACGCACCCGCCCACCCAGUCUUUGGAGGGUAGAGACGAGGAGGUGCAGGAGGAGGAGGUGAUGGCCGUGGAAGUGGAGGAGAGGUCCAGUUCACCACAGGAGCAGGCCUCAAGUCAGCCUAAUGUGGGACUUUUUGUGUCUGAGCCGGACACUAGUGGUGUUGGUGGUGUGUCUGAUGGGGAUGGUGCUGGUGGUGUUGUGUCUGGACCUGACACCAGUGUUGGUGUGGUGGUGACUGGUCCCGGACCAGAGCCUGGUGUUGUGUACGCAUCUGGACUGGAGUUCGCUUUAUCUCUGGUUCGUAGCUUGCAGUACCGGCCCGUCCAGAGCCGAAGAGGGAGUCGGUUGCCAGUCAGGGUGAAGCCUGGGGGACCAGUGGGCUCCUGUGUUGAAGGUCUCCCACACAGGGUGCACUAUAGCGGGCUUCAUGACUUCCCUCCUCCCCUCUCCCCUCUCCUGCUUCUGGAGGGGAAGAGCUCCAGUGGCAGGCAGGGGGAGAUACUGCAUGAGCUGGCCGAGAUGGAGGAUCUUUGGCUGGACGAGUUCACACCAUGCAGGCCAGUGCACAUCCACGAGAGGCUGAUAGAUGAGCAGCAGUCUCAGCUGGGUGACUAUGAGCGGGCGGCCAGCCAGUGUGUGUGUGAGCUGCAGAAGGCCCAGCAGCAGGUGCACUCCCUACAGGCCAACAUCAAGGAGAGCGAAGCCAAUAACAUGAAGCUGCAGCGGCGUCUUGCUGAGAUGGAGAUUGAGCUGCGUGCAGUGCAGGAGGUGGCCCAGUGCCAGGAGAGCACCAUCGGCACACUCACAGACUCACUAGCCACCACACACACUCAGGUGUCAGAUCUGCAGAAGAUGAACAAGGAACAGAAGGACAUGCUGCUGUCUCUCAAGUCUCAGUGUCAGAAGCAGCAGCGCACAAAGGGCGAUGCGCUGGCGGUGGAGGCGUCUCUGUUCUCCACUCAGCUGGAGCUGCAGGAGUCCCAGAGGGCCCGAGGCCACGCCCUCCGGCAGGAGCAGGACCUAUCACGCGCCAACCAGCGUCUCCACGACGACCUGCAGAGGGCCCUCAAACACCGGCAGGAGACCGAGACACACAACCUGGACCUUCUGAGUGCACUUCAGAGGGCUCGUGCGGACCUGCAGCAGAUGGAGGACGCUACGAGGGAGAAGGAUGGCGGGAGAGAGAGGGAGAUGGAGGAGAGAGAGAAGACCCUCAAACAGCUCAGGAACUCACUGGAGCACAAGGACAAACUGCUGGAGGACUACAGUGACCUGCUGGACAGUGCUGGGCAGAGGGGGUCUGGGGAGAGGAGCAGAGAGAGUGUCAUCACCAAACUCAAGCAGCGCAUCCAGGAGAGAGACCGUGCACUGGAGCGUGCAGUGGAUGAGAAGUUUGUGUGUGUGGAGGCGCGUGAGGUGGAGGUGCGUCGUCUGCAGCUGCAGCUGAGGGAGAAGGAGAGGGAUCUGGACAAGCUGCGCUGCACCUGCGCCAACAACCAGGAGACCAUCACCAGUCUGGAGGCUCUGCUGCGUGGUAAAGGUCUGGAGCUGGAGCAGGUGUGUGAGGCGCUGUGCGGUGUCCAGACUCUACAGCGCAACUCGGAGGACAGACACACACGCGGCCUGAGGGAGCGAGACACACUCAUCAGCCAACUGCAGACCUCCCUGCAGACACACGCUAAGGAGAAUGAGACCCUGACAUCCAGCGUGCUCAGUAAGCUGUGUGUGAGCCCGGCGACGGUGGUGGAGGAGCUGAAGACGCGUCUUUCCCUGAAGGAGCAGCUGAUCCAGGAUCUGCUACGCGACCGCAGCCAGCAGGCCCAGGAGCACCAGGCACAGGUCCAGGACCUGCUCAGCACCAUCGGCAGCAGGGACCAGUACAUACAGGAGGCAGCUGGGCGCGUGGGCGAGGUGAUGAGUGAGCAGACGGCCCGGGUGCAGGAGCUGCGCAGGCAGCUGGUGUCUGCGCAGACGCAGGAGAGCACGGCGGAUACACAGGCCCUCCAGGAGGAGCUCCGUCUGGCUCUGCGGAGGGAGAGGGACUCCCAGCAGGAGCUGUCCAGCCUCAGAGCCUCCCUCACUGGUCAGCGCAACCAACUCCAGGCCCUGGCUUCACACAUGGAGGCCCAAACACAGCCUAACCAGGACCUCGACCAUCACGGCAUUGCCAUGGAAACGGAGCAGACCAGCCAAUCCCAGGCUGAGUUUGCAGACCUCUUCUCAGACGAUGUGGGUGAUGACGAUGAGGAGGAGGAAGAGUAUGGCAGCGAGUUUGCCUACAGCGUCGAUGAAGAGGAGAACUCCAAGCUAACUGCACAGAGCCUGGCUGGCAUGUCGCAGGGCGCUGGAGGACUGCAGCUAUCCCAUGAUGCCGCGGUGGAGGAGGUGAAGCAGCUGGUGGAGCAGAAGCGUGCGGUGGAGAGGGAGCUGGCCGAGCUGCGCAGUCAGCUGGAGAAGAGCGGCUACUCCUCGCUCUCACACAUCAGGAGAGCACUGUCCAGCCUGCAGGCAGAGAACCAGGAGCUGAGGGCCCUGCUGCCCGGCCGAGCACAGGAACAGAGGCCUCACGAUGGGCACCAGACUCCAGAGGGUCCCCCCUACACUUCUAAUGCUAGCACCAGCACAGGCACCCAGCUGCGCUCCGCAGAGGGCAAGAGAGCCUUACGCCCCCAGUCUCUGGAUCUCGGGGUCCUGCUGUCCCACUCCGUACAGACUGAGAGGCGUGGUGUGGGUGUGUGUGAGAGCCCGGUGGAGGAGGCCCUGAGGACGGACCUGCAGCAGGUGCAGCAGCACAGCAGAGACCUGCAGGAGAGACUCAUGGUGUCAGAGGCUACAGUGCAGGCCCAGGCCGAACAGCUCAAAGACUACAGGGAACUGCUCACUGAGAGUGCGGUGGUGCAGCAGGACAGUAAGCAUGUGCAGGUGGACCUACAGGACCUGGGCUACGAGACCUGCGGACGCAGCGAGAACGAGGCCGAGAGAGACGACACCAGCAGCCCAGAGUUUGAUGACCUGGAGAUGUGCACGGCUCUGAGCCGCCACAACAGCCUGGCUGACCCCACCCCCAUCUGGUGGUCCGGGGAGGUCACCAAGACCACCAGCUCCAGCUCCGCCUACGCCAUCGCCGGCAUCGUAGGGGAGCACGACGAGGAAGACGAGGAUGAGCACGAGCACGAGCACGAGCACGAGCACGAGUGCGAGCGUGCCGAUGAUGACGAUGACGUGGUGCGUCUGCAACGAUUGGUGGACGACCUGCGGGGCCAGCUGGAGCGUGCUCAGAUGGUCAUCGGCACCCUGCAGGCCCGUCUGCGUGACCCCAGCUCUCCGGCCGCCGCUGCCACCCCACGCAAGGUCAGUUGGUCUGCUGCGGCUCUGAGCGGGACGGAGGAGGACGAGGGAUGGCAGUCAUCAUCGGACGCGGGCGGUGGGGGCCAAGCGGGUCACGACAGGGAGCUGCGCGACCUCGUGUGCCGCGUGACCUCGCUGGAGGAACAGCUGAGGUCAAAGGGCAAAGGUCACGAGGACGCGGCCAAGGCUGUCAGCUCGCCAGGGCGUUUCGACUCGCUGAUCCAGGCGCAGGCCCGUGAGCUGUGCGUGCUGCGCGGGCGUACGCGCGAGGCGGGCGGCGUGUGCCAGCUGCUGCUGCAGCACCUGACGGAGACCACCAAGGCCUUCGAGGAGCUGCUCCGGGCCAACGAUGUGGACUACUACAUGGGCCAGACCUUCAGGGAGCAGCUCUCGCAGAGCAGCAGUCUGGCCAUGAGGCUCACCGCCACCAUCAGCGGACGAGACGCCACUGACCUCCCCGAUGACAAUGACAAGACUGAGCUACUGGCCAUCCGAUUGAGUAAGGAACUUCAGCAGAAGGACAAGCUCAUCGAGACGCUGCGCUCCAAGUUGGAGCAGUCCCGACCGGACACACCCGUCAGUAGCCACGCCCUCUCGGAGGGCACCGACCAAUCCGAUAGGAUCUCUUUCGUUUCCGACGAGCCGGGCUCCACCAAUGAGGACCUGGAGUUGGGUUCCGAUGUGGACACGCCCAGCGAGUUCUGUCAUGAAGGGGGAUCUACCACAGGCCCCCUCAGUCACAGGGAGCUCUCCCGCCACCCCAGUGUCUCUGCCUCCAUCUCCUCCUCCCAUCACUCCUCCAGGAGCUGUCCCAGCAUGCAUUGCACACCGCAGAGGCCUGCAGACCACCAGCCUUUCACAGGCCUCUUUGCUGGUAUGGGGCUUUCACCCGAGCACCCUACAACCUCCUCCUCCACCUCCGCCCUUGCUGCUCCCCUCUUCCUCCCCUGCACCCCUCCCUCCCAGCCCCAGCCCCAUCCCCAUCCCCUGUCCCAGCCCCAGCCUCCGCUCCUGGCGCGGCCACGGGGUUUCCCGGACACCAGCAGGGGCUGUUUCUCCCUGGCCGAGGUGCAGCAGGAGCUUCACACGCUGCAGAGGCAGUUUGCCACCAGCGAGCGUGCCGGCCUGAUGGGCUCCGCCCUCAAGCCGCAUCCAGCCUUCCCAUUGGCUACUCCACCUAGCCACCCCAACCAGUUCCUCCCCAUGUCCCAUCAUGCACUGCUGCAGUCGCCCCUGUCGUCGGCGAUGAACGGCAGCCCGGGCACCAGCCUGCUGGAGAGCAGUGCACUGUGGGAUAUGGCCUACGGCCCGCGGGCAGGAAGAGGCGGACAGCAUGGUGACCUGUCCUCGGGAUCCUCAGGGUACCAGUCAGGCACCAGCCACGCAGGCACAGAGUUGAUGGAGGAGCACCUGAGGGAGAUCCGGUGUCUGCGGAGGCGGCUGGAGGAUUCCAUCCAGACCAACGACCGGCUGAGACAGCAGCUGGAGGAGAGACUAGCCUCCACCGCCAGAGAAGGAGGAGUGGCCCCCACCAACAUCUACAUCCAGGGGCUGGACUCUGUCAGUCAGCUGUCUGGCCAGAUUAGGCAGCUGCAGGAAGAGAACCUGGCCCUCCAGGCACGCCUCGACCAGGCAUCCAGAGAGGGCAGGCGAGAGGCGGAGCUGCUGCGCGAGUCGCUGGCCAGCGGGCGGAGUCGACUGAAGGAGGCGGAGAUGGAGAUGGAGAGGUGGGCGGAGCAAUGCAAGCGGCUGCAGACGCAGGCCAGGGAGCACGCUCAGACCAUCCAGCAACUCACGGAGGACAAGCAGGAGCGACAGGACCACGCCAGCAGGCUCCAGCACGAGGUGGAUGUCCUCCAGCAGCAGCUGCGUGAGAGCCACCUCCUGGUGGUGUCCCUGCAGAAGCAGAUCCAGUCCUACCAGGCAGCACAGGCCACCACCCCACCCACCUCCACUACAGAAGAGGGGCCCUAUGGUAGCAGGCCCCGCGGUGGCAGUGCAGUAGAGGGCCCCUACGGUGGGCACUAUGGCCUGGGGGAGCUGCAGCACCAAGACAUGGGCAGCCUCCACGCCCAGCUGGAGCAGCAGCUACAGCAGCAGACACAACACGCUCAGCCCACCGCCAGGAAACAGCUCUUCCAGGACUCCACCUCCUCUCCACCUGUCAGAGACAUCGGGCCUCUUAGUCCCGCCUCCUCUCCUGCAAAGCGACAAGCAGCGGCCAAUGGCCAUGGGAAGAUGCAUACAGAAAAACAUCCAGCGUCUCCAGCGUCCGGCAACCCAGGCGGCUCCAUGGCUAGCCCAGAAGGGCAGCACGUGGCUGGGAGACUGGAAGACUACACGUCCCUGCUGCAGCAGCUCCUGGAGGGGAAGGUCCUCAUCAGUAAGAUGGAGGCCACACUGAAGUCUUCCGGCCAGCAGAAACUGCAGCAGGGCUCUAUGAAGAGUCUUCUGUCGAGCACUAGGACCCUGAAGAGGAUCCUGGAGGAGGCGGGCUCUCUGCUCAGAGGCUUUUGGAAGGCGACUUUACCCAGUGAAUUCUCUUGCCAACAGAGCACAAAGGAUGAGGAGAUAACUGAGCUGAAGUUGAAGCUGCAGGACCAGGAGCAGGCCCUGAAAGACGCUCUGGAGAACCUGAGGGCCUCCAACCAGACCAGGGAGAGCAUGGAGAACUUCAUCACCGGACAAUUAUCAAGAACACGGGAUGUCCUGAAAAAAGCUCGCUCAAAUUUGGAGAAGAACGAGCUCAAGCUUUCUUCCUUAAACGGCUCCUCCACCUCCUCCUUCUCCUCCUCUCCUCCCUUCUAUCCCUCCUUUGCCACCUUCCCCCGCUCCUCCAAAGGUGAAAUCUCAAGCGCCCCCCGUGAGUGGCGCCACCCUCCUGGUUGGGGUGUCGUGACACCCCCGCAGAUGCAAGAGAAGAGACCUCAGGGGACAUCCCUUCCCUUUAUGAGACCGCGGCCCCUCGACACCUACUCCUACUAGCCUAUUAGUUAUACACCAUGGACAUGCGUAGCCUACCUGUCUACGGUUCACGCAGGAGCCCCCACUUCCUGUUCAAACAGGAAGUGUACUUGGACCGAACUCUAAAUCCGUGUGCAAAAUACUUACUUGUUCACUACAUAUGUAACUCACUACACAGGAUGGGACUUAUAUGGUUUUGUUCCCGAUACAUGGUGUAUGUAGAGAACCGGUGUCCAUUUUGGAUUGCGAUCGAGAGAUUGGGAGAUAUCCUGGGCAGCGUUGGGCGGGGGUGUGGUGGGGCUUGUCUGUCUCUCAACGCUGAGAGCUGGAAGGGUUACAUGAAUGUUACCUGCUGCUCUGUGUUUGCUGCAGAGGAUGCAGUCUGUUUGUUUUAUGUAUGUAGAUAUAGAUCUCGGAUCUCUGGAUAGGACUUCUCUGCUGUGUGUGAUCCCUUCUCGUCAUGCCUCUUUUUCACUUUGGAUCCAACCACAACUCGUGCUAAUACUAGAUGCACUAGAUGACUAGGUAGUUAGAUGUUAGUUCAACUUCUCACAGUCACUUCUCUCCUCAGUUCAAUGUCAUUAACUGACCAACAGCAGAGGAGCAAGUGGAAUGCCAGAAAACAUGUGCUGUAGCUUAUUUAUUUGGCAAGCUGCCUUCUGAGUUUCAGCUCCUUGCUGUCAGUCUAGAGAAAUAGAGAAGAUACAAGGCAAUACAAAGGUCUCAUAGAAUGAGUUUCCUGAGUUGACCCAGCUCAUAACUUAGGCCAAAGUAAUGCUCUGCUGGUCUAUUGUGUUAGUACGCUGAUAUGAGUGUGCAUGGAGGAAACAAGCCAUGGACAGUGUCAAUCAAUAUCUCACUUCUACAACAUGUACAUCUUCUACUUUCGUUUGUUCAAAUGGUAUUUCUCUCAUUGCCUUCAUUGCAUGUUUUUUAUUUUUUGUUGGAAGGCGAUAUUGAAGUUAGAGUAGUUGUGUGCUGUUUAUUUUGUGUAAUUUAGCAAGUGUGGACCUGUGGUCACAGUAGGUUUGCCACUGUGGUGCCUGAGUAGAGGUCCUACUGAACAUGUGCAAUAAGAACUACUGUACUACGCAGCCUGUACUCUGACCUAUGACACUGUAAACGUAGCGUUGCCCCGACAACGGGAGACAGACCGACCGUGCAAUAAUCUUUCAGGACCUUCUUACACAGGCUUAAGCAGAUAUCUUAGCACAGAGUAGACACAUGUUUUUCAAACGAGUAAAGAAAAAGAUAAAUUGUGUAUAUUUCACACAGGCAAUGCUGAUACUGCCAAAGUCUGACUUUCUCUGUGUGUGUAAGGGUGUGUGUAUGUAUGUAAAACCCCAUUGGAUACUCAUGAUUUUGUUUCUGUAAUAUUAUCGCCUGUUAUUGGAAUUUAUAAGUGUGUGUCCCUUUUAUUUUUACUUGUUUUUUUUUUUAAUACACUGUUAAAAAUCUGGUCCAUUUUUUUAUUAUUAUUAUUAUUACUGAUGUUAUCAUUAGCACUUCUCAAAGAUGGACCAUUGCUGAAAAAAAGUCUCAAAUGUUACCCAAACUCUUCUAAUUUAGUUAAUAAGACGUUUACACUGUCUUUUAAAAUGAAAAAUAUGUUAUUAGUUUAUAAAAACUUACCCUUUUCAGGUCUGUUAACUGUGCAGAAAGAACAGAGCCAUAGAAAAAUGGCACACACAUGCAGUGUUAAAAUAUCUUGUAUGCAAAUUAAUGACACACAUACAAGAGUGUGUGUUUCCAAAGACUGGGUAAUGGAUAUGCGGAGGGGGUGGAGGGGGACGGGGGUACCAGGUAUUUGUCUGUGCUUUUAAAAUGUAAGUAGAUGUUGUUGAGGUGCAGUGGUUGGGUAGCUGGGUAUCGAUGCAUAGUGCGACCAUGUUUGUGUUUGUCAUAUGCGCUCUUUCACAACACUUGCACUUUAGUGGGCGAGUGACAUUGUUUUCUUCCCACGGUGUAUAAUGCAGUGAAUGAGUGAACGUUGCGGACUGAGCCCGUGUCUUCAAAGUGCCAAGUGUGUGACCGCUUGUCUUCCCGUCUUGUCUUUAAUUUUAUAGCCUUCAGACUCAUCCAACGUCUUGCUGUUGAAUGCUCUGACAGAGAGCUCCGCGUUUGCUAGAAUAGACCAGCGAAAAGCUAUUGCUGACACUGUUCCCGAAUACUGAUAUUAUCACACUGGCCAUACGCACCAGCUCCUGCAGCCAGUCCUCUAGCUAUGCCCAACGGGUGCCAAAAUGGCUUCCGACAUGGCCGCCAAAGGCAGACCCUAAUUAGCCAAUCAGCAGAAGAGCCAAGCCUUCCUCAUAUACAGUAUUGUCUCUCUGAGGUCUCAUGAUGUUGUUUUACUUGUAAAUAUAUAUUUGUAUUAUAACAGGUCAAAGGAACAAAAAAAGACCAAAGCGACUGACAAAUCAAAUGCACAGCCAUGUUUGUGUACCGUCACUCGUGUGCUACGGUAACUCACUGCACUGAGAGUAGAUCUGUAGAUGCUGGCUACCGGCCUCUGCCUGUGUGGGGGGCUUGUAUGAUAUUGUAUAUAUCAGUGGGGGCGGAGGUGUGUGGCUGUGUAUGGGGGGCUGUGUAGAUAGAGGUGAACUAGGAGGCAGUGUACAGUAAUGUCUAUGCAUGUGUGCUUCAAAAGGGGGGCGGGGUGCACCACCGCUUUUAAUAAAAAAAGGGAAUAAGGAAUUGAAAGUGUUGAGUGUUUUUUUUACACAAACACAAUAACGCAGAACAUACAUUUACUCAAGCCUACGAGGCACACAAAAAAUAUUAUCAGAAAACAAUGCAGCCAUGGCUGUAUUUUUCUGAAUUGUAAAGAACCAUGAAAAACACAGUUUCAAGUUGAACACAUUUUUCAUGUGAUCUAAUUUCUGUCCAUUAAUCAAUUGCAAAUCAUGGGAGACAAGGGAAUAAAAACGUUUUCAUUUUGGAAACAGAGUUCAUGCUCUUCAUCUGUUGCAGAGGUUUUAAAGUAGAAGUAGUCUUACUGCUGUAAUUUCAACAAUAGCUCAUGUUAUUACAUAGUCAAUACUCAAGUUAUUCAACUGCACCUACUGGAAAUAACAUUGAUACACCGUAGGAAUACAUACUACUUCUUCAUACACCUCUGAUUUAUUAGAACUCCAUUUCUGCUGAAGUGUGCCUGUGAAGUAACAACACUUGGCCUAUAGAGGGCACUCUAGGUACACAAAAUGAUCAUUUGUGCAUCCCAUCACCAUAGCAUGGUAGUUGUAAAGCAUGUAAUCAAUCAGGCCUAAGGAUUGGACUGUGGCAACCUUUCAAGCAAGAUUCCUACUGCUAUUCUAACCACAGAGAGAAGAGCUGAAGGAAUGAGCCGUGUAAAAACAAGGAACCACACCACCCAGAAGAACAACGUGGUCCUAACAAAUGUGAAGUAUAUGAGCAAAAAUAAAUACUCUUGC